GUGUGUUGGAAUCACUUUAUUCUGCUCCAACAGUUUGAACUCUUUAGUUCUUGGUGUUUUUCUUGCUGCGAGCACAACCACGUUACUCGGGCCGGAUGUUUUAAUUUGAAAGUCAGCCGGUCUGUUCGGAGGAGGAGUUUGAGGGGAGCUAAGGAGGUCCGAGGAGGUCCGGGGGGUCUUCAGACUGUGAGGAUUUGCAGCAUGUUUCAGCUUCAGCUCGCGCUGCUGCUCGGUCUGCAGGUGUUUACCUGUGCUCAGGAGGGUGGGGCCGCGGACGACAUCAGCCAACCCGAGCUCAGUGAUGUGUGCACUGAAGGCAGCUGUUACCCAGCAACAGGAGACCUUCUGAUUGGCCGAGCCCAUCAGUUGUCAUCCACCUCCACCUGUGGAAUGAACCGACCCGAACCAUUCUGUAUCGUCAGCCACCUGCAGGAGGAGAAGAAGUGCUUUGUGUGCGACUCGUCAGAGCCCUACAACGAGCUGGCCAAUCGCACCGACAGCCAUCGCAUCGAGAACGUCGUCACUACGUUUGCCCCGAACAGACUGAAGACCUGGUGGCAGACUGAGAAUGGUGUGGAGAACGUCACCAUCCAGCUCAACCUCGAGGCUGAGUUUCACUUCACGCAUCUCAUCAUGACCUUCAAGACCUUUCGACCUGCUGCCAUGGUGAUUGAGCGGUCAGCUGACUUCGGGAAGACGUGGCAGGUUUACCGUUACUUUGCUUAUGACUGCGAGUCGUCCUUCCCGUCCGUUUACCGGGGUCCAAUGAGAAAGGUUGACGAUGUCAUCUGUGACUCGCGUUACUCUGACAUUGAGCCAUCCACUGAAGGAGAGGUGAUUUUCAGAGUUUUGGAUCCAGCAUUCAGGAUCGAUGACCCCUACAGUCCCCGAAUCCAGAACAUGCUGAAAAUCACCAACUUGAGGGUGAAGUUCACCAAACUGCACACGCUUGGAGACAACCUUCUGGACUCUCGUAUGGAGAUCAAAGAGAAGUACUACUACGCCAUCUAUGACAUGGUGGUCCGAGGAAACUGCUUCUGCUACGGACACGCCUCUGAGUGCGCCCCCGUCGAGGGAGCUGGGCAGAUAACAGAGGGCAUGGUUCAUGGUCACUGCUUAUGUAACCACAACACUAAAGGUCUGAACUGUGAACAGUGCCAGGACUUCUACCAUGACCUCCCCUGGAGACCCGCAGAGGGACGCAACACCAACGCCUGCAAGAAGUGUAACUGUAACCAGCACUCGGACUCGUGUCACUUUGACGGGGCAGUCUUUGCGGCUUCGGGAAACGUGAGCGGAGGAGUUUGUGACAACUGUGAGCACAACACGGCUGGAAACAACUGUGAGCAGUGCAAACCGUUUUACUACCAGCAUCCAGAGAGUGACAUCAGAGACGCCAACAUCUGCCAGCCCUGUGACUGCGACCCCGUGGGCUCUCUGAACGGAGGACUCUGUGACGGCACGACGGACUUCCGAGCCGGGCUGAUCGCCGGUCAGUGCCGCUGUAAAGCCAACGUGGAGGGAGAACGCUGCGAGCGCUGCAAGCCGGCGCAUUUCGGGCUGAGCGAUGAGCUUGAAGGCUGCAAAGCGUGUACCUGCAGUCCUCUGGGAACUCUACCUGGAGGAAACCCCUGUGACAGAGAAACAGGAAGUUGUUUCUGUAAACGUCUGGUGACCGGGCGAGACUGUGACCAGUGUGUGCCUGAACACUGGGGUCUCAGUAAUGACAUGGACGGCUGCAGACCAUGUGACUGCGACCUCGGAGGUGCCAUCAACAAUCAGUGUGAUCACGUGACCGGUCAGUGCAUCUGCAGAGAUCACAUGUUCAGCCGCCGCUGCGAUCAGGUGGAGUCUGGAUUCUACUUCAUUGCUCUGGAUCACUACACCUACGAGGCUGAGGAUGCAAAGUUUGGACCUGGAGUGACGGUGGUCCAGAGGCCACACCCUCAGGACCGUAGUCCCACUUGGACAGGCAUCGGGCUAGCCAACGUACCAGAGGGGGCCUUCUUGGAGUUCACUGUAGACAACGUCCCUCACUCAAUGGAAUAUGACAUCCUGAUCCGCUACGAACCGCAGCUGCCGGACGUGUGGGAGGAGGUUCUGAUGACGGUGAUGAGACCCGGACCGAUCCAGCCAGACAGCCGCUGCAUCAACACGGUGCCCGACGACGACAACCAGAUGAUCUCGCUUCACCCAAGUUCACGGUACGUGGUUCUUCCCAGACCGGUUUGUUUUGAAUCAGGUCUGAACUACACCAUCCGCCUCAGCCUGCCACUGUACGCUACCUUUGGGGAUGUCCAGGUUCCAUAUACGCUGAUCGACUCGAUCGUGCUGAUGCCUCACUGUAAGAACUUGGAGAUAUUCACAGGCUCAGAGGGCGGGGACUCGGGCGGGAAUGUCGCCUGGGAGACUUUCCAGCGUUAUCGGUGCUUGGAGAACAGCCAGAGUGUCGUCAAGACGCCGAUAACUGACAUCUGCAGAAACUUCAUCUUCAGCAUCUCCGCCAUGUUGCACCAGGGAGCUAAAGAAUGCCAGUGUGACCCUCAGGGCUCGCUCAGCACCGUGUGCGACCCCCACGGCGGGCAGUGUGAGUGCCGCCCCAACGUGGUCGGCAGGAACUGUGACAGGUGUUCUCCGUCCACGUUUCAGUUUGGACCCAACGGCUGCCGAGCGUGUGGGUGCGACCCUCAGGGUUCUCUCAGUGUGUUCUGCGAUCAGUUGACCGGACAGUGUUCCUGCGUUCCGGGUGCGUACGGUCGGCAGUGCGACCGCUGUCUGCCGGGUCGCUGGGGUUUCCCCGCCUGCCGCCCCUGCUUCUGUAACGGUCACGCCGAUGUCUGCGACCCCGACAGUGGCCACUGCAUCGAUUGCAGGGACCACACGACGGGACGCGCCUGCGACAGAUGUCUGGAUGGUUACUAUGGUGACCCAGCACUGGGGUCAGGUGACCACUGUCGUCCCUGCAUGUGUCCCGACGGCCCCGGCAGCCCGCGGCAGUUUGCAGGAAGUUGUUACCGCAGCGAUGACUCUCAGCAGGUCACCUGUGUCUGCAACACAGGAUACAAAGGUGAAAACUUUAUUUACACAGACGCUGACACAGAGCGUCAGUCCAGCUGCCAUGUUGGUCUGGUUGAGGCGGGGAUUCUGGUGCGCAUCUGUUAA